AUGAGAUCGAAGCUACUGGGCACGCUGCUGCUCGUCGCGGUCGCCAUUUCCGCGGACGUGUCGCGAGGCAAAGGAAGAUCGGAGGAGGACACACCGUGUAUCGACGACAACAAGUUUUAUCGGAAUCCCUACGCACCGGCCCGGGACGUUUGGUCUACAACUGAGUGCGCCAAGUAUUACCUCUGCUUAGAUAACGAGGUGUUCGAGUUCAGGUGCUCGCAGGGGCUGCUGUUCGACGUCUCCAGGCAGAUAUGCGACUUCAAGGCGAACGUGGACAAUUGCGACGUGACCUCAGAGACACGACCACCCAGACCGCUGCUCGGGAACGGGAACUGCGAAGAUAAGCACUUCGCUUGCGGCGAUGGCACCUGCUUCCCGGCUGCAUACUUCUGCGACGGGAGCGUCGACUGUCCCGACGGCUCCGACGAAGGCUGGUGCGACGUUCGAAACGAUCCAAACGGGGCGUCAGCCUGCGAUCCAACGAAAUGCCAGCUGCCGAAUUGCUGGUGCUCCGUGGAUGGGACUCAAGUGCCGGGUAAUCUGACAGCAUCGAUGGUCCCGCAGAUGAUCAUCGUCACCUUCGACGACGCGGUGAACGCUGAGAAUUUCGAGCUGUACUCGAAGAUAUUUUCGGACGACAGGAAGAAUCCUAACGGUUGCCCGGUUCGUGGGACUUUCUACAUCAGCCAUCAGUACACCAACUACAGAGACGUGCAGUAUUUAUGGAACAUCGGGCACGAGAUUGCCGCGCACUCGGUCACGCAUCGGGGGCCCGAGGAUUGGUGGUCCAAGAACGCGACCAUAGAGGACUGGUUCGACGAGAUGGUCGGCGUGGCGAAUAUUAUCAACAAGUAUGCUGGGGUACGGCUGAAAGACAUUAAAGGUCUAAGAGCACCGUUCUUACGCGUCGGUUGGAAUCGACAGUUUUUAAUGAUGUCGGAAUUUGGCUUUGUCUACGACUCGUCCAUGCUGGCGCCUUUUUCCGAUCCACCCUUGUGGCCGUACACGUUGGAUCACAGACCACCGCACGGCUGCGUAGGCACCGAGCAACACUGCCCGACUCGUGCGUAUCCAGGCCUCUGGGAACUUCCACUGAAUCAAAUUUGGGCAGGUGGGUACAGCUGCCCGAGACUGGACUCGUGCUCGUCGGAGUUGUCGGGCGAAGACGUGUACAGGAUACUGAUGUUAAACUUUAAAAGGCAUUAUCUCAGCAAUCGUGCCCCUCUGGGCCUGCAUCUCCACUCGUCUUGGUUCCAGAAUCCUAUGUACUUUUACGCGUUCACGAAAUUCAUGGACGACGCGCUGAAAUUGAACGACGUGUAUUUCGUGACGAGUCAUCAAGCGAUCGAGUGGAUGCGUGAACCGACGUCCUUGAACGAGAUCGAGAAGUUCCGUCCGUGGCGAUGCGGCACGCGACAAUUCCAGCCGUUCGAAGUCGCCUGCGACUUACCGAGCAGCUGUAAAUUGCCCAGCCGUGUGCUGAAGUCGUAUCGUUAUCUGCACACGUGUUUCGAGUGUCCCAAAGAAUAUCCAUGGCUGAGAAACGAGUUCGGUUUAGAGUGA